CGACGCAGCGUCGCGAGCGCGAGCGGCCGCACCUGGCUCGGCGGCGGUGGCGGCCUGGGUGCGAGCGCGGUGCAGCCUAGUCUGAGCCAGCGCAGAGCGGCCGCCCGCAGCCCCGGCGGCGCCAUGGUGGAGGCGGCGCCCCCCGGGCCCGGGCCGCUGCGGAGGACCUUCCUGGUGCCUGAGAUUAAGUCACUGGACCAGUACGAUUUCUCGCGGGCCAAGGCGGCGGCCAGCCUGGCGUGGGUGCUGCGGGCCGCAUUCGGGGGCGCAGAGCAUGUGCCCUCGGAGCUGUGGGAGCCCUUCUACACUGACCAGUAUGCGCAGGAGCACGUGAAGCCCCCGGUGACGCGGCUGCUGCUCUCAGCGGAGCUGUACUGCCGGGCCUGGCGCCAGGCGCUGCCGCAGCUCGAGAUACCCCCCAGCCCCUCUGCGCUGCUGGCCUUGCUGGCACGGAGGGGCACGGUUCCCGCACUGCCGGAGCGCCCAGUGCAGGAGGCCGACCUGAGACACCAGCCUAUCCUCAUGGGAGCCCACCUAGCUGUCAUUGACGCUCUCAUGGUUGCCUUUGCCUUCGAGUGGACGAAGACUCUGCCCGGUCCCUUGGCCCUGGCCAGCUUAGAGCACAAGCUCCUUUUCUGGGUGGACACGACCAUCCGGCGUCUGCAAGAGAAGACAGAGCAGGAAGCAGCCCAGAGAGCAUCUCCCUCAGUCCCUGCAGAUGGAGUGGCCCCAGCGCAGCCCUCGUGCCCCACACGCUGGUAUUGGAAGCUGGUUCCUCACGCAAUUGCCUUCUGUUUGAAGGAGUCGGGGAGCAAACCCCCCAUGAUCCGAUACCGUAAGGAUCGUGCUAUGGCCCGACGUGCCCCCUGCUUUCCCACUGUGACCGGCCUCCAGGACCUGGCGAGUGGGGCUGCACUGGCUGCUACAAUCCACUGCUAUUGUCCUCAGCUGUUACGACUUGAGGAGGUGUGCCUCAAGGACCCCAUGUCUGUGGCGGACAGCCUGUACAACCUCCAGCUGGUACAGGAUUUCUGCGCCUCCCGCCUUCCUCGUGGCUGCCCGCUGUCCCUUGAGGACCUGCUUUAUGUACCACCGCCCCUCAAGGUCAACCUGGUGGUGCUGCUGGCCGAGAUGUUCAUGUGCUUCGAGGUGCUGAAACCUGACUUCGUGCAGGCCAAGGACCUGCCUGAUGGUCAUGCUGCCUCUCCCCAGGCCACAGAGGCCUCCACCCCUCAGAACAGCGGCAGCAGUUCUCCUGUCUUCAACUUCCGCCAUCCACUUCUGUCACCUGGCGGCCCCCAGUCCCCACUCCGCGGAUCUACAGGCUCUCUGAAGUCCUCCCCAUCCAUGUCCCACAUGGAGGUCCUCGGCAAGGCCUGGAACCGACAGCUCAGCCGUCCCCUUUCCCAGGCUGUGUCGUUCAGCACCCCCUUUGGCCUGGACAGCGACGUGGAUGUCGUCAUGGGAGACCCUGUCCUACUCCGCUCUGUCAGCUCAGACAGCCUGGGCCCCCCGCGCCCCGCGCCGGCCCGGACCCCCACCCAACCACCCCCCGAGCCUGGUGACCUGCCUACCAUCGAGGAGGCCCUGCAGAUCAUCCACAGUGCCGAGCCCCGGCUGCUUCCAGAUGGGGCUGCUGAUGGCAGCUUCUACCUCCACUCCCCUGAGGGGCCCUCCAAACCGACACUGGCCUCCCCCUACCCACCCGACAAGGUACCUGCCUACUUGCCCCACCCCGAGGGCCCUUUGAAACCUUCUCCCUGCCAGGCAGGAGAGGUACUGAAACCUCAGGCCCUGUCUGAGGGCUCCCCAAAGGCGAUGGCUUCAUCCCCAGCUGCCAGCAACUCUGAAGUGAAGAUGACCAGCUUUGCUGAACGCAAGAAGCAGCUGGUGAAGGCCGAGGUGGAGGCUGGAGCGGGGUCCCCAGUGGCCACCCCAGCAGCACCAGAGGCCCUGAGCUCGGAAAUGAGUGAGCUUGGAGCCCGGCUGGAGGAGAAACGGCGGGCCAUAGAAGCUCAGAAGCGACGGAUUGAGGCCAUCUUUGCCAAGCACCGCCAGCGACUGGGCAAGAGCGCUUUCCUGCAGGUGCAGCCUCGGGAGGUUGGAGGGGAGGCUGAGGCAGAGGCUGAGCCAAGCCCAACCCCUGGUGGGGAGCGGCCAGCAGGUGAGGGCCAGGGUGAGCCAUCCCCACGGCCCAAGGCAGUGACUUUCUCACCAGAACUGGGCCCGGUGCCCCCCGAGGGACUGGGGGAUUAUAACCGGGCAGUCAGCAAGCUGAGUGCUGCACUGAACUCAUUGCAACGGGACAUGCAGAGGCUCACAGACCAGCAGCAGCGGCUCCUGGGCCCGCCUGAGGCCCCUGGGCCCUCCCCACCUCCCACUGCCCCGCCUCCUGCUGCGUGGGUCAUCCCUGGCCCCACGAUGGGUCCUAAAGCUGCAUCCCCCAGCCCUGUACGGCGCUCCUCAGCUGCCCGGCGUAGCCCAGGGCCUGCUCCCAGCCCGACGCCUCGCAGCCCGAAGCACACGCGGCCAGCGGAGCUGCGGCUAGCACCUCUGACAAGGGUGCUCACACCUCCCCAUGAUGUUGACAGCCUCCCCCACCUGCGCAAGUUCUCACCAAGCCAGGUGCCUGUGCAAACGCGCUCCUCCAUCCUCCUGGCUGAGGGGCCAUCUCCUGAGGAGCCCUCAGCCAGGCCAGGCCUCAUUGAGAUCCCCCUGGCCAGCCUGGAAGAGCCCCCAGCUGAGCAUGAGGGAGAUGGGAGCCCCCCUGGUGCUGAAGACUCCUUAGAGGAAGAGGUAUCUUCAGAGGGAGAGCCCCGCACUGGGCUGGGCUUCUUCUAUAAGGAUGAAGACAAGCCCGAGGACGAGAUGGCUCAAAAGCGGGCCAGCCUGCUGGAGCGGCAACAGCGACGGGUGGAGGAGGCGCGGCGACGGAAACAGUGGCAGGAGGCCGAGAAGGAGCAGCGCAGGGAGGAGGCUGUGCGGCUGGCCCAGGAGGAGAUGGCCCCCAGCCCCUCGGCCCCUACAGCAACCCCAGCCCCUGCUGCUCGGGCCCCAGCUGAAGAGGAGGUGGGCACCCGGCGGGGGGAGUUCACAAGGCUUGAGUAUGAACGCCGGGCCCAGCUGAAGCUGAUGGAUGACCUGGACAAGGUGCUACGGCCACGGGGGACCGGGGGGCCAGGCCGGGGCGGACGGAGGGCCCCCCGGCCUCGCUCUGGUUGCUGUGAUGACUCAGCCCUGGCACGAAGCGCUGCCCGUGGCCUGUUGGGUUCUCGGCUCAGCAAGGUCUACUCCCAGUCCACCCUGUCACUGUCAACCGUGGCCAACGAGGCCCCCAAUAACCUUGGUGUGAAGAGGCCAUCUAGGGCUCCGUCCCCAUCUGGCCUCAUGUCCCCAAGCCGCCUGCCUGGUAGCCGUGACCGUGACUGGGAGAAUGGCAGCAACGCCUCCUCCCCAGCAUCAGUGCCUGAGUACACAGGUCCUCGGCUGUACAAGGAGCCCAGCGCCAAGUCCAACAAGUUCAUUAUCCACAAUGCCCUGUCACACUGCUGCCUGGCAGGCAAGGUGAAUGAGCCACAGAAGAACCGAAUUCUUGAGGAAAUUGAGAAGAGCAAGGCCAACCACUUCCUGAUCCUCUUCCGGGACUCGAGCUGUCAGUUCCGGGCUCUCUACACGCUGUCGGGGGAGACGGAGGAGCUGUCUAGGCUGGCGGGCUACGGCCCCCGCACCGUCACACCCGCUAUGGUAGAAGGCAUCUAUAAGUACAACUCGGACCGCAAGCGCUUCACCCAGAUCCCCGCCAAGACCAUGUCCAUGAGUGUGGACGCCUUCACCAUCCAGGGACACCUCUGGCAGAGCAAGAAGCCCACCACUCCCAAGAAGGGGGGAAGCACCCCCAAAUAGCCCUGCACCAGGUGGUGCUUGGCCACUGGCCUCGCAGAGGACAGCCUGGAGGACAUGCUGUGGGUGUUCCUGGGUCCUGCCUGUCCCAGCCUUGUCUGGGUGGGGCUGGAGUUCCCACCCCCUAACUUUUGUCUCGUCCUGCUGUGGGGGCUGAGCUGGGAGGUUCAGGGACUCAGGGCUCAGCUCAGUCCCCUGUCUGUCCUCCCUACCUUCUUGAAUAAAAUAAUUUAAGGAGA